UUUAGAGCAGUUACAGUAAUGGGGAAAUUUAUGCCCUACUAUUUAUUAACCUACUGCUCUUAGCUUAUUAUUCAAGAAUCAAAUUAAGUGCGUCGGGAAUAAGUGUUUGAUUUGAAAAUGACCAGCAAUGCUGUGAAUAAUCGAUGCGAGAACUGUUUGGAAUUACAGCGCUCGCUAGUCAAGACUUUGGGCGAAAAACGAUCGUUGCUAUUAAGGUUACAGAAGGAACAAUCGAGAGUUAGAAAACUGUUGAGAGAAGCUGAAAAGGGAAAGAAAAGAGAUGGGGAGGAGCCGUCAAACUCAAGGGAUGAUUCUAGAUCUGUUUCAGGUGAAAGCGGUGGAGAAUGUCUGGAAUGGCAACUGAACGAGGUUAUGGAAGUCAACAAGAAGUGGAAAGAAGACUACGAUGCUAUGAAGAUAAAAUAUCAGACAGAGAAUGAAAUGCUUCAAAAGGAACUGGAUUUGACCAAAGAAAAACUUGCAAAUUCAGAAACACAGGUCCUUGCUCUGGGAACUGAAGUUUCAAGGCUUGCUGCUACUUUAAAUGAACUGUAUCAAGGACAGAAACCUUCACCGCAGUCACCAUUCCUAGAUCUGAAUGAUUUUGAAGUAUUUAAACAACAGAUACAAGCGUAUGAGGAAGAUUUCUCAAAUGAGAGGAGAGACAGAGAAAGAGCACAAGGUGAAAAAGAUAACCUUCAGCAGCAGCUUUUAGAUGCUCAAGACCUCAUUGCCACAUUGACACAAGAGCUUGCAAUCUACAAAAGUCAGCUAAAUGAAUGCCGACAGGAAACAAGUGGACUACGUCGCCAUAGUUCAGAUCCUUCAUUGUUCAUGUCUAGCCCUCAGUUACAGAUUGUCUACCCUGCAAGUAGCUCAAUGUCACCCUCUCAGUGGCAGCGAAGACAGGAACAGCUAAAAAGGGGUAUUCUCACAAGAGGUGGAGGCCACCCUAGUUUGUUCUAUGGAGGAGAUGUAGAAGUGGACAAACACAGGACUUGAUUGACUUUCUUGGCUUUCUUACUGUUGCUGUAACAAGGAACUAGAACAAAGCAUCUAUAUUUAUUAUCAUUAGUAAUGUUACUGUUAUUAUCAAUUAUUAUAGUUGAUUCUCAUCAGUUAUCAUUUUUGUUCAGUAUCGUUUAUAUUCAUGUCAGAUGUGUUCCCUGUAAAAUACAGAAGGAUUAACUUUUUAAUGAUUUCACUAAAUUUGGGUUUCAUAUAUUUUCCUCCCAUUAGUGAUAAGUAAAAAAUAUAUAUAUAUAAAUUAGGCUUCUACAUAUGGUUUUGAUACAAUAUCAAAUGGUCAGGUACCAGUAAUAAUUACUAGGAAAAUAUGGAUCAAUGCCAGUAUCUGAUCAACUUCCCCCCCCCCCCACCCCUCCCCUAACCCAACAACAAUCAACUGAUAACAAGUUAGGGUUCAUGUUAGGUUAGGGGAGGGGAAGGUGUGUAGUUGAUCAGAUACUGACCUUGACCAAAAAAUAAUAUCCUAAUGUGUGGAAGUAAAAUCAGAUUAUCAAAAUCAGCCAACAGAAGAACAGAUCCAAAAUUUGUGUUGUACUUCUUAAAGUGGUUGCUGAGAUUUUAGAUUAUGGGAGUAUUUUGUUUGAAUGAAGAGUUAAAUCAUUUGCAUUUCUCAUUUAUGUUCUUUAUGUUCUUUAUAAGUUAUUUAUUGAUAUACUGAUUAGUGAAUUACUUAGGAAAUGUAAACCUACAGCUGUAGAAAAUACCCCCAAACAACCUUUGUUUGUGAGUGGUAAUAAGGUUCAUUUAUAUUAUGGCACAUAGGCAUCAUAUAAGCUGAUGUAAAUAGUGUGCUAGACUAAUGUAUGCUAAAAUAUGUGAGGUUAAAAUUCAGUAUUAGUCAGAGUACUUUUCGAUUGAGUCUCAUAAACCUAAACCAAAGUAAUUGCAAGGACUGAUCAGGAGAAAGGAGAAUUCCUUUCAAUGUUAAACUGGUGUAACUGUGAAAAGUGAGGAAAGUGCCAGUGACCAAAUCACAGUUGAUUUCAGUUUUGCAUCUUAUUGGUUGUAACAGUGGAGUGAGUUUUCUGGACCAAGCAAUCCGGGAUUACUUUCAACACUUAUUGAAAAUUUCUCUAAUAAUUUAGUUGUAAGGAUAAUUUUCAAAUCAUGAACAUGAUUAAAACUAGGAAUGAAUUAGAAAUUU